AUGUCUGAUAACAAACAACAGAACGUCUACUCGCAAGCUAACGGUUUCGCAUACCCUCACCAUCCAUACUCCUCGCAGUAUGCCAGAAGAGAUGGUCCAUUGCUGCUUCAAGAUAUCAAUCUCGUCGAGACAUUGGCUCAUUUCGAUAGAGAAAGAAUCCCCGGUCGUGUCGUUCACGAAAAGGGUGGUGGUUGUAGAUUCGAAUUCGAAUUGACUGACUCGUUAAGUGACAUCACUUACGCAAAGCCUUACCAACAAGUAGGUUUCAAGUGCCCUGGUAUCGUCAGAUUCUCUACCGUCGGGGGUGAAAAGGGUAGUGCUGACACGACAAGAGAUCCAAGAGGUGUCUCUUUCAAGUUUUAUACUCCCUGGGGUAAUCAUGACUAUGUCUUCAAUAAUACUCCCGUUUUCUUUAUUAGAGAUGCUAUCAAGUUCCCUCACUUCAUCCACACACAAAAGAGAGACCCUCAGGCAAAUUGGAACGCUGCAGAGGAUAGUUCCAUGUAUUGGGAUUAUUUGACUCAAAACCCAGAAUCCAUCCAUCAAGUCACUUAUAUGUUUGGUGAUAGAGGAACACCAGCAUCAUGGGCUGACAUGUCUGCAUAUUCAGGUCAUACUUUCAAAUUCAUUAAUAAGGAACAUAAAAUUACUUAUGUGCAAAUUCAUAUCUUGCCCGAACAUGGGUGGGAAAACUUACCAGCAGAGAAAGCUGCCUCAUUAAUGGGAUCCAAUCCUGAUUAUAAUCAAGCAAAAUUGUUUAGACAAUUGAAGAAUGGUGACAAGCCUAAAUAUACCUGUUAUGUACAAACAAUGACUCCUGAACAAGCCACCAAAUUUAAAUACUCCAUUAAUGAUUUGACAAAGAUUUGGCCUCAUAAGGAUUUCCCAUUGAGAAAAUUCGGUACCAUUACUUUGACUGAAAAUGUGGAAAAUUAUUUUGAAGAAAUUGAACAAGUUGCCUUCAGCCCAAGUAAUACUUGUAUCCCUGGUAUUGAACCAUCGAAUGACUCUGUCUUACAGGCAAGAAUUUUCUCAUAUCCAGACACUCAACGUCAUAGGCUGGGUCCCAACUACACUCAAUUACCAGUCAAUAGACCAAGAAACUUUGGAUGUCCUUAUUCACAAAAGGGAAACGCUGAUUCCAACGGAGCAUCUCCACUAGUCUGCCCCUAUGCUAGUGCCAAUUAUCAAAGAGAUGGACAAGGUACAUUUUAUAAUUAUGGAUCUCAAAAAAAUUAUAUUUCUACAUUGCCAGAUGCUGAAAUGAAAUUUAGUAAUAUGACUUUGGAUUCCACUGAUGAAAGAUACAAGGGAAUUGUAUUAGAAAAGGACGUUCAAGCUGACUUGAAGAAACAAGAAGAGGAAGGUGCCAACCAGGAAAAGAUUAUUGAUGCCAAGAUUAACAAUUAUACCUAUGUUAACGGUGUAACGCCCUUAGAUUUUGAACAACCAAGAGCAUUAUAUGAAAAAGUUUUCGAUGACGAUGCAAAGAAAAGAUUUAUUAAAAAUAUCGUGGGCCAUGCAUCAAAUAUUCCACACGAGGGAUUAAAAGUUAGAAUUUCCCAGUAUUUUGGUUUACUAAAUAAAGAUUUGGGUAAGCAGAUCGCUGAAGGGUUGAAGGUUGAAUGGAAACCUGUUGAAUUAGAAGAAUAUGCUAAAUCCAUUUGUGUGUCAAGCGCUUGA